CGGACGCACCGCAGAUAAUACGAUUAAAGGUUUAUUGAGAACAGAAGCCUCUUAUGUCGUUGUUGUUGUCCGAAACCUGCCGGUGAACACCAUUUUCUCCUGACAAAGGACCGUCCCUCUGAAUGAAUGGACCAAAAAGCAGGAUAACGCAGAUCAAAUAUAACAUUCUCCACCAUAAUGGCAGUAAGUCGGUUCUCACAAGCGUUGCUGGUGCUUUUUUGCCAUGUUCUCUACUCCAGCGCUUCUUUCCAGCCAGCUCUGGUGCUGGAUAUGGCGAAAAUUCUCCUCGACAACUACUGCUUCCCUGAGAAUCUAGUCGGGAUGCAGGAGGCCAUUCAGCAAGCCAUCAACAGCGGAGAAAUCCUCAAAAUAUCUGACCGCAAGACCUUAGCAUCUGUGCUGACGGCUGGCGUGCAGGGUGCCCUCAAUGACCCUCGGCUGACUGUGUCCUUCGAGCCAAACUUUGUCCCGGUGAUGCCGCCUGCUCUCCCAUCUCUUCCCACGGAGCAGCUCAUCCGGCUGGUCAGAAACUCUGUGAAGCUGGAGUUCCUUGAGAACAAUGUCGGCUACCUGAGGAUCGACCGGAUUAUAGGGGAGGAGACCGCAGCCAAGCUUGGCCCGCUGCUCCAGGAGAACAUCUGGACCAAGGUCACCCACGCCUCCUCGUUAAUCUUUGAUCUGCGCUACAGCACAGCUGGGGAGCUGGACGGAGUCCCUUUCAUCAUCUCCUACUUCUCCGACCCAGAACCUCUCAUUCAUAUUGACACAGUGUUUGAUCGGCCCUCCAACACCACUAAGGAGCUAUGGACUAUGUCAUCUAUCAUGGGAGAGAGGUAUGGAAAGAGAAAAGACCUCAUCAUAUUAACCAGUAAGCGUACUAUGGGUGCAGCUGAGGCAAUCGCCUACACUCUGAAGCAUUUGAACAGGGCUAUAAUUGUUGGAGAGAGGUCAGCCGGGGGGUCAGUGAAAGUGCAGAAGAUAAGAAUAGGAGAUUCUGGUUUCUACAUCACAGUUCCUGUGGCCAGGUCAGUGAACCCAAUAACAGGCCAAAGCUGGGAAGUGAGUGGAGUAUCUCCCUCUGUAAAUAUCAAUGCCAAGGAGGCUGUUGCCAAUGCCAAAAAUCUACUGGCUGUCAGGAGUGCCAUUCCAAACGCUGUCCAGAGCGUCUCUGACAUCAUCAGGCAGUACUACUCAUUCACAGACAGGGUACCGGCUCUCCUUCAACAUCUGGAAUCCACAGAUUUUUUUUCUGUCAUUUCAGAGGAGGACCUGGCAAAUAAAAUCAACUACGAACUGCAGUCUGUGUCAGAGGACCCUCGUCUGGUGAUCAAACUGACCCAAGAUCACCCGGUUAUCAUUGAGGAAGACUUUGAACCUGAGAACAUACCAAACGAUCCAGCAUUUCUCACAAACCUGGUGGAUACAGUCUUCAAAGUACGCAUCUUAACUGGAAACACUGGUUAUCUCCGCUUUGACAAGUUUGGAGACGUGUCAGUGAUGGCCAAAUUAGGAGAGCAGAUUGCCCAAAAAAUCUGGGAGCCCCUCAAAGACACAGAGAACCUCAUCAUCGAUCUGCGAUACAACACAGGUGGGUCCUCAGCUUCCAUGGGCAUCCUGCUCUCCUUCCUCCAAGACCCAUCACAACAGUUCCACUUCUUCACCCUAUACGACAGGAUCCAGAACACCACCACUGAGUUUAACACGCUUUCCGGCCUCCCAGGCCCACCCUAUGGGUCUAAACGGGGAGUGUACAUCCUGACUAGUUACUAUACUGCUGGUGCUGGGGAGGAAUUUGCUUAUCUGAUGCAGUCUCUGCACCGUGGCACCGUCAUCGGGGAAAUCACAUCUGGGACCCUGAUGCACUCCAAGUCCUUCCAGGUGGAAGACACCGACAUUGUCAUCACCGUCCCCUUCAUAAACAUCAUAGACAACAACGGGGAGUGCUGGCUAGGUGGAGGCGUGGUCCCUGACGCCAUAGUGCUUGCUGAGGAGGCCGUUGACCACACCCAUGAGAUCAUAGAGUUUCACAGGGAGGUUCGCUCACUGGUGGAGGGGACGGGGGAGCUCCUGGAAGUACACUACGCCAUCCCUGAGGUUGCCAACAAGGUCAGCAGAGUGCUGCUCAUCAAAUGGGCCGAGGGCUCGUAUCGAUCGGUGGUGGACUAUGAGUCUCUGGCAUCCCAACUGACAGCUGACCUCCAGGAGACAUCAGGUGACCACCGGCUGCACAUAUUCUACUGCGACAUCGAACCCGAGUCUCUGCAUGACAUGCCAAAAAUCCCAACAGCUGAGGAGGUGGGUUACAUCAUUGACGCGCUGUUCAAGAUUGAGGUGAUGCCCGGGAACGUGGGCUACUUCAGGUUCGACAUGAUGGCAGACAUAGAAGUGAUGAGAGCCAUCGGCCCUGAGCUGAUUAAACUGGUGUGGAGCAAGCUGGUGAACACGGACACAAUGAUCAUCGACAUGAGAUACAACACAGGUGGUUACUCCACAGCCAUCCCACUCCUCUGCACCUACUUCUUCGAUGCUGAGCCCCUGAGGCACCUCUACACCGUAUUUGAUCGCUCCACAACCACCAUGACCGAGGUCAUGACCCUGCCUCAGAUCCAGGGUCAGAGGUACGGCUCCACCAAGGAUAUCUACAUCCUCACUAGUCACAUGACGGGGUCGGCUGCCGAGGCGUUCACGCGGACCAUGAAGGACCUUAACAGGGCAACGGUGAUCGGGGAGCCGACCAUCGGAGGGUCCCUGUCCAGUGCCACCUACCAGAUCGGGAACAGUAUCCUGUAUGCCUCCAUACCUAACCAGGUGGUCUUGAGUGCUGUUACUGGGAAAGUGUGGAGUGUUUCCGGGGUCGAGCCACACGUUGUUGCUCAGGCAAAUGAUGCUCUGAGUGUUGCACAGAGAAUCAUUGCAGCUAGGCUUUUAAAGCGAGAUCAAGGGAAAUAAUGGUCUUGUUAUUGUUUCACUUUCCUGUAAAUGUUUACUUUGUUUGUCCUGUAUUUGUGAAUUAUGUUUUUUGUCGUGUGUGAUUUCUAACAGAAAUGUUAUUUAUUAUCAUUAUUUUUCAGAAAUCUGACAUAUCUGUGGUAUAACAUAACCACCCCGAAGUUUGUAAAAAAAUAUAUAUUUUCAAAAUAAGGUUGAAAGUCUUUAAAUAGUAGAUUGCACAUUAGUAAUCCUUAAGGCACCUUAUGAAAGCUUUCUUUUUGGACAUGAUUAUAAACUAAUUUAAUAAACAGAUCCUUGACUGUUGCAGGUCUGGGAUGAAAGUAGUUGCCUUCAAUGAAUUUGACCUUUUGUAUGAGAAAUGUACAAAUAAAUCCUCUUGUUCAUAUUUCAUGAAUAUCUAAAUGUCUUCUUUUUUUUUUUUAUCUCCCCGAGCUACAUUUGCUGUUGGCCUAAAUAUGUGUGAGGAGAAAGGGUUAAUAUUUCAUUUCAUUUCAUUAUACUAUCAUCAUGUAUUUAAUCCGAUUAAUGCAAAUACUUUCUAUAUGAAUCUGUUAAUGCAUUUCUUAUUUGUCCUUUUUGUCAUUUGUCAGGGAUAUGUCAUUUGUCAUGUUGCGAGUGAAACAUCAUAUUGCCAUAAUGCAGAAGAGUCUUCAGACAGUCAGUAGAGGGAGCAUUACCCAUACAAACCUGUAGUGACCUACUGUGCUCAGUUCUCCUACUGUGUAGCAUCAAUGAUAUCAAAUAUCAACUGAUUGUGAAUAGUGUCAUGACCAAAUAGAGGCCAUAUAGCUUCAGAAGAGGAA